UUGCUCUGCCUGACUUUUCUUCUUCGCCGUGGAGCCAGGAGAAGGGGGGACAGCCCUGCACGGAAGAGGAGGAGGAGGAGAGCAUUGGAGGAAGGCCAGGGGCCCCCCUGGUCCAUUGAAGAGGGAAAGCCAGCCCCAGAAAGAGUGGAGAUGUCCUACGUGAGCUGUGCUUUGAGGGCGGCCGCCCCCCGUUGCCUGCCAGCCCCCUGGAGAAGCCCCCGGUCCUUCAGCAGCGCCACGGGCCCCACGGCGAAGAAGAGCGUCCCAUACCAGAAGACACUGAAGGAGGAAGACUCCGGGAGCAGGGAGCCCAGCCGGCCCCCCCCGUCCUCAGCUGAGGUGGUGGUGGUCGGGGGGGGCAGCCUGGGCUGCCAGACCACCUACCACUUGGCCAAGCAGGGCAUCACCAACGUCGUGCUGCUGGAGAGGGACCGCCUGACCUCGGGCACCACCUGGCACACGGCUGGUUUGCUGUGGCAGCUGCGUCCCAGCGACGUGGAGGUGGAGCUGCUGGCCCACACGCGGGACGUGGUCAGCCGUGACCUGCCGGAGGAGACGGGGCUCCACACGGGUUGGGUGGAGAACGGGGGGCUCUUCAUCGCCUCCAACAAGCAGCGCCUCGACGAGUACAAGAGGCUCAUGUCGCUGGGGAAGGUGUACGGCGUGGAGUCCUAUGUCCUGACCCCAUCUCAGACCAAGGACCUGUACCCCCUGAUGAACAUCGAUGACCUAUACGGCACCCUGUACGUCCCCAAGGAUGGCACCAUGGACCCAGCUGGUACCUGCUCGACUCUUGCCAGAGCAGCAACUGCCAGAGGCGCUACGAUCAUCGAGAACUGCCCGGUCACCGGCAUCCAGGUCAAAACUGAUGAUUUUGGGGUGAAGAGGGUGUACGCGGUGGAGACGGCCCACGGGACCAUCCAGACUCCCUGCGUGGUGAACUGUGCAGGCGUGUGGGCACGAGCCCUGGGCCAACUGGCCGGUGUCCAUGUGCCACUGGUGGGGAUGCAUCAUGCCUACGUGGUGACCGAGCGCAUCGAGGGCAUCCAGAACAUGCCGAACGUUCGCGAUCACGACGCCUCGGUCUAUCUCCGUCUCCAAGGCGAUGCCCUUUCCGUGGGCGGAUAUGAGUCAAACCCCAUCUUCUGGGAGGAGGUGUCUGAAAAAUUUGCUUUCGGUCUCUUUGAUCUGGACUGGGAUGUUUUCACACAACACAUCGAAGGUGCUGUGAACAGGGUGCCGGUGCUGGAGAAAACGGGCAUUAAAUCCACCGUCUGCGGGCCAGAGUCGUUCACUGCCGACCACAAGCCUCUCAUGGGGGAAGCCCCAGAGGUCCGAGGCUUCUUCCUUGGCUGUGGCUUCAACAGCGCUGGGAUGAUGCUGGGAGGUGGCUGCGGGAGGGAGCUGGCUCACUGGAUCAUCCACGGGCGGCCGGAGAAGGACAUGUACGGCUACGACAUCAGGAGGUUUCACCACUCCCUCACCGACAACAACCGCUGGAUCCGGGAGCGGAGCCACGAGUCCUACGCCAAGAACUACUCCGUCGUCUUCCCCCACGACGAGCCGCUGGCGGGGCGCAACAUGAGGAAGGACCCCCUGCACGAGGAGCUGCUGCGACAGGGCUGCGUUUUCCAGGAGCGACAUGGCUGGGAGAGACCCGGCUGGUUCAGCCCCAGGGGAGCUGCCCCGGUUCUGGAUUACGACUACUACGGUGCGUACGGCCAGGAGCACCACAAGGACUACACCUACAACCAGCUGCUGAGGGAUGAGUACACCUUUGACUUCCCACCCCACCAUGACAUUAUCAAGAAUGAAUGCUUAACGUGCAGAAACGCCCUGGCUCUCUUCGACAUGUCUUAUUUUGGCAAAUUCUACCUGGUGGGCCCUGAAGCAACCAAAGCGGCCGACUGGCUGUUCACUGCCGACGUGAGCAAAGCACCAGGCUCGACGGUGUACACCUGCAUGUUGAACAAGCGUGGCGGCGUGGAGAGUGACCUGACUGUCAGCCGGAUCAGCCCCGGGGACCCUGCCUCCCCCCUGGCCCCCGCUUUUGAAGGGGAUGGCUACUACCUGGCUAUCGGCGGGGCCGUGGCUCAGCAGAACUGGUCGCACAUCACCAACGUGCUGCAGGACAUGAAGCUCCAGUGCAAACUCCUGGACUGCUCGGAGGAGCUGGGCAUGAUGAGCAUCCAGGGCCCGCUGAGCCGCGUUGUCCUCCAAGAAGUGCUCGACACUGACCUCAGCAACGAAGCUUUCCCCUUCUCCACCCACAAACUGGCCACGGUCGCAGGAUGCAAGGUCCGUGCCAUGAGGUUGUCGUUCGUCGGCGAGAUGGGCUGGGAGCUGCACGUGCCCAGGGCGGACUGCGUGAAAGUUUACCGGGCGGUGAUGCAGGCGGGGGCCCGGCACGGCAUUGCCAACGCCGGCUACAGAGCCAUCGACAGCCUCAGCAUCGAGAAAGGGUACAGGCACUGGCACGCAGACCUGCGCCCCGACGAUACCCCGCUAGAAUCAGGCUUGGCCUUCACCUGCAAGCUCAAAUCCAGCAUCCCCUUCCUGGGCCGGGAGGCUGUGGAGGCUCAAAAAGCCAAGGGCAUCUUCCGCCGUCUCGUCUGCUUCACCACUGAGGAGAAGGUGCCGAUGUUCGGCCUGGAGGCGGUCUGGCGGGACGGCAAGGUGGUCGGGCACAUCCGUCGGGCAGAUUUUGGCUUUGCCAUCGACAAAACCAUCGCCUACGGCUACAUCCGUGACCCUGCGGGGGGCCCGGUCUCUCUGGAUUUCGUGAAGAACGGCAGCUACGAGCUGGAGCGGAUGGGAGUGACCUACCCUGCCCGAGCACACACCAAGUCCCCCUUCGACCCGGACAACAAGCGAGUGAAGGGCUUUUACUGAGAGCGGGGCCGGCGAGCGGGCGCUGCGGACGCCGGGGUGGGGAGAGGGAAGAUGCCAUCAGGAGCUGCCGGCUGAAUUCCCAGCCCCCCGGGUACCCCAGCUGGCUCCAGGGUCUGCUGGGAGAGCCAGGCAAAUGUCUGCAGCGGACUCAUCAAGCAAAUUUGGGUCAAAUUAGAGGGGAAGAGGAGGAAGAGAUUCCAAAAAGUCCAAAGAUUUUGUUCCUAUGUUUUCUAAAUGAAGCAGUACAGCUACAGCAAUAAUUCUUUUCCAUGGGUUAAUUGGCCUGAAAACAGUGUUUUGCUCGACUGCAAAUGAAGUGGUUUCAAUUUUUGACUUUGCUGGAAACCCUUUCCCUCAAAAUGUAGUUUCAUGCUGCCUGGAAAUGAAUUUUUUUAACUAACUCUGCUGUUAAUAGUAACAGCUGUAGCCUCCCUUCCUGCCGUCUCUGCCGUCCCUUGUUGUGUCUGUCCCUGCUCUGAUGGGUGUCACCUCGUCCUGGCUGUGUCCUGGGGACACGGUGCUGGGGUGGGAGCACUCGUGGGGGGCACAGAGGGAAGGGGCAGGGGUCCAGGGCCACUGCCCAUGCUCAUGCUGUGGAUGCUCUGCUCAGUGCAGGGUUCUUCUGCACCAUGAAAUUAUUGGCUUUACCCAGGGGGUUUCCAGACGUGUUCUUCCCAUCUCUGCAAGCACAGGUUUGUCCCUCCAUCCCACCGUGUCCUGGUCACAGCCAGAGCUUCAGGUCCUGCUUUGGCAAAUGCUUCCUUGCGGCUUCAAAGGUCGGAGAGAGUGGAAGCACCAACUUGUGUUGCCUUCAGUGGUGAUUGGCACCUAAGGCCCUUCAAAAAAGUCAAUGCUGGGGUGUGAAAUGUUCAGUGCCUGCUUUGAUUUUGUUCGUGGUGCUCAAGUGCUACCUCGGUGUGCGGUGGAUGUGUGGAAGGUGGGGAGGAUCGAUCCUCCCCAGACCUGAACGAUGACCUUGUCCAUUUGUGGGAGGGUGAGAGUGAAGACAAGUCCCAGUUUUCAGCCAUGGCAAUGGGAGCAGGUGGUGCCCAGGGAGAGCUGCCAGCCUUGCCCCAGCCUCUGCCUUCAAAAUGAGGGAAACGCGGUGCUGUGCGUCCCCGUGAUGCUAAACUGGGGAGAGAUCCUCGUGUUGUGCCCCAGAGAAUGAAAAAAACUCCCCAAGGCCUUUGGAACCUGGGUCCUUGUUGUGUGUGUGUGUGUGUGUAGCCCCAGAAUUUGGAGGAGAAGAUGGUUUUUGGUGGCAUGCAUGCAGCCUGUGAACCCCUCACUGCUAAAGGGAUGGGGUAGAUGCUCCCAGCACGUCCCCAUAAUCAUCCCUUGGUCUGGUCCCCUUGCUGGGCUCCAUCUCCAGCAGUGCAGCCUGAUCUCUGCUGAAGUUUUCACCCGCCUGAAGAAAUAAUCACACUGCAUGCUUUUCACUCUCAUUUCCCUUGGCCAGGUUUAUAUGCUUGGUUUAUACCCUCUUUAGAGCUGAUUUCAGUUCUUUAACCUCAUGCAACAGGCGCCGCGGGCAAGAGUUUGAACUCUCAGAUGCUUUGGUUUUACUGGAAACAUUAAAAAACAAGAUUGGGAUGGA